AUGGAGCUCGACACUCUGCCCAUACUGACGCGACCGUAUGGUCCCGCAGCACAGGACGCACCAGAUGAUGCGCCCUCAUUAGCAGCUUCGCCUGACUUGUACUCCCUCAUUCCAUACACGGACGAUUUCCAAGCUCGUGCUGAAUCGCGGCGAUGUUUCAACCCAGUGGAGUCGGCAUCUAGAGUAACUUGGAUUGAUGUUGACGGGGACCAAGCGACUGCGAGAACUUUGAGCUCGCUGGCCGAACUCCGCGGAUGCAGAAGUCUUCACAUCCCGCGAGAAAAUGGGUUGAGAAUUUUAUCCGUCAACCAGCCCAACUCCUGGAGGCCACUGAAUGUCACUGGCGAUAUGUUCAGAGAGAUCGUGGAUAUCGCUGGCGCCUCGUCUGACCUGCUGGAGCUGCCACUGUCCUUUUUUCAAAAGUCCAUGGCUGUCGAGGAGGGCUUCAGCAGUAGCCCGGUCAUCAGGCACAACGCCGACUCGAUCGAAAUCAUUUACAUCAUGAAAUACGCGUUUGAAAAGAGAGUUCAGGAAAAAGGGAUGGACCCGUGGGUUCUACGCCAAACAGGUGUAUAUCAAAAAUACGAAUUGGCAACCAAAAACAGCACCUGGGUGUUGUUACAUCCAACAGCAAACUGCCAUUUUCAAUCUCGCCUUGAGAGUUUUGUUCAGUCGCCAAGUCAGAGAUCCUGUCUGCAUCGCAACCCACUUCUCAUUCAUAACAUCCUGUUUGGGUCGUUCAUGUCCGCCUGGAGAGAUUAUAUCAAACACCUGGAGGGCCGAAUGUUACCCAUUGCCAAUACCACGGUCGCAGCCGAGAUAAACAAGGCGUUGAGAGUCAAUCAUGAAUCCUUGACGGCCAUCCGCGGGACCGAGAAUCGAUGCUUAGUUCUCCAACCAAUCUUCCGGUCACUCGAGAAGACCUUCGACGUGCUCCACCAAGCCAAUGCGGCGCUUUCGGAUUCCGGCGUCACCCAAAAGCAUGACUUGGAGGCAAUGAAGCAGCUGCUCAAUAAUUAUUUAACCACCAUUAACUCGUACGGGCAAGCUGCGUGGUCAUUGCAAACCCGGACAUCGAGAAUAGCAGCACACAUCACCGACACUCUCUCCUUCAAGGAUGCGUACGUCGCAAAACGACAGACUGAAUUCAUGGUGCGAGACUCCACCACAGUUCGCGUCAUAACCGUGGUGACACUGAUAUACCUGCCUUCAACAUUCAUGGCCACUCUUCUCGGGAUGAACGGGUUUUUUGAAAUGGACGACAAUCAUAACGUUGUGGUGUCUCCGCAGUUCUGGAUAUAUAUCGUUUGUUCCGUGCCCUUGACCGCAGCAACGCUAUGCUACUGGUGGUACUUCCAGAAGGCGAAACAGCGGACUGAACGAUCCACUGACGCCUUGAUGGUUUGA